CUUUAUGAGACGUGUAUGAGUGCAGGUGGAGAAAUGACCAAUCAGAGGGCAAGAAGAGCUUCUACCUGAGCAGGUAUCAUAGGUGAGGAGCUCAUGUGUGCGCGCAGUCUCUCGAGCCCACCUCACCACAAACAUCUCGUCCGUACCAAAAAAAAGAAAAAAUAAAGCAGGAGAAAACGCAUCGAUUAUGGAGAACAGGGUUGUUUUAAUGCUCAGUUUCACCUGUCUCGGUCUGUGCUGCGGGGCGCAUGGAGAUAAGGAGGACAUUUACAGGAGGGUUGUGGAUCUGGUGGCUCCUGGUGAGAAGAUCCUCACAGAUGAUGCGGUUCGCUUGGUUUUUGAGCAGUUGGAGAAACGUGUGCAGUGCUCCGGUGUGUCGUGUGAAAAGUGUCUUUCUGUAUCUGGUCUGUCUCAGGUCUUGAGUAACUCCAGUAGUUCAGAUGGUCUACAGAUGGAGGAGUUCUUCAUGACCUCUGCUGGUCUCUGUUUGUAUCUGAGCUCUCCAGCGGAGACCUGCAGGGCCGUACGUGAGGGCCGAUGGGGUGCGGAGACCGAACACUUCAUCCAAACAACUUUAGGCCACGACAACGACAACAUCAGCAGCCAUCAUCCCCAUGCUGAUGUCAGCAUCACAGAAUAUGAGGGUUUGGAGAGAUUGUUUCUCGAUAUAGAGAAAAACUAUCAGCCCGACAAACAUGAGCCCUGUUUCUCUCUGAAUGACAUCUUGGAGGAGAGCAGCGAUCAUCAUGGAGAUCACACACAUGUACAUCUGGAUGUCGUGUUGGGAAACAUCAUUUAUCACGUCCUGCGUGGAGACUGCAUGAGAGCGAACGUCCUGCCAGAGCAACAAUACUUUCUGGAUUACAUCUUCAACAACACAGAUCAUCUCAGUCUGCAUGACUUUGAAGGGAUUCUGAGAUCUCUUAACUUGGGAAAAGUUGAACACAUUGACAAGCACGACCACACUGAUGCUAAGGCCCACAGACAGAGUCAUCCAGAUCCACAUCCCGAGGGUCACCAUAGCAACAGCAACUGGAAUGAGACUUGUUUUAGCACUGAAGACCUGCUGAGAAUUUACCAUCUGAACUCUUCAAUACUGACCAGAGAUCAGUUCACCCAGCUCAGCCCUGCGCUGAUUCAGCAGAUCCUCAGUGGUGUCUGUUCUGAGAUCAGUCCGAGUCCUGAGAGACCCGACUCUAUGAGCACUGCUGAAAGAUAUGGAUACGCCACCCUGGCCAACCUCAUCAUCUGUCUGAUGGCCAUGUUUGGUAUCGCGGUGUUGUUGUUUUCCUCCUGUACUCAAGUGUUUGAGCUCUGUAUUCAGUUCUGUGUCAGUCUGGCUGUGGGCUCGCUGACGGGUGAUGCCAUUCUCCAUCUUCUGCCCACGUUUUUAGGGCUUCACAAGCAUGAAGAUGGAUCUAAUAAUGACCAUUCAGGGGACAACUAUGACUUUAUCUACAAACUCCUGGUGCUCAUUGCUGGCAUCUAUCUCUUCUACCUGAUGGAGAGCAUCUUCGCCAUCAUUACCCGCGGUGAACAUCAUCAUCAUGACGGAGAGAAGUCUGAUCCUCAUCACUGUGACCACGGCAAAGUCCUGCAGAUGUUCCAGCAAGAGAAACACAACAAAAACUCAAGCUCACAGAUGGAUCUGGUUGACACAGAAAAGAAUGAGAAAUCUUUCCUUGAACCUGUUGAGCUCAGAAGAGAGCAGCGUUUGCUUCCUCUCAUGAUCACCAUCGGCGACAGCAUUCAUAACUUUGCUGAUGGUUUGGCGAUAGGUGCAGCGUUCUCUAUGUCUUGGCGUUCGGGUUUGGCCACAUCUCUGGCUGUGUUGUGUCAUGAGCUCCCACAUGAGCUGGGUGAUUUUGCCAUCCUGUUGCAUUGUGGUGUGUCAAUAAGAAAAGCUUUAUUGCUGAACAUGGGCAGUGCUUUAACCUCUUUCAUUGGACUGUACAUCGCCCUCUCCGUCUCCACUGAAACCAUUGCUAAAGAGUGGAUCUCAGCCGUCACCACUGGACUCUUUCUGUAUGUUGGUCUUGCAGACAUGUUGCCGUCUAUGAUUCAUGUGGACAGUAAGAGACCCUGGCUGAUGUUUGUUCUCCAGAAUCUGGGGCUUUUGAGCGGCUGGGGGAUUCUGUUGCUGUUGUCUUUUUAUGAAGAUCAGAUAGGGGUUUAAUAUUUUGAUAUGUGUCAAAUUAUUUGUGUAUUAGUUAUUAGAAGAUGUACACUAUGUGCAAUUUAGUUUUUUUGUGUUUUAUACUACAUAUUUUAAGGAUGGAUCUGUGCAGAAAUUAUCUUACAGCAAAGAAAACAAACAAGCAGUAUUAGCAGAUUUUCUUGUAAUUUUUACUGUAAUGUUUAUUCUUUCAUGUUGCUUAUUUUUAUUCUUGUAAAAGUUGUUUUUAUAAGUUAAUACGUGUGAGGCAUUUUCUGUUUUAAUUGUAAUAUUAAGUUAAAGAUAUAAGCCCAGACCAGUGUAUUUGCACAUUAGUAUAGUUACACUGUGUGAUGUGUGAUUCGGCAAAGUUUUAUUUACUCACCGUUGUUUAAAUUCAUAUGAGCUGCUCAGUGUUUGACCUUAAACACAGAAGAAAGAGAUUCAUACAAAAGAGAAAAAGAGUGCUUUUUAUAUUCUCUGUUAUGUUGUAUAAAAAAUAAAACUGUAAAAAAAUCCAAAUAAUUGAUAUCAAACUGGACUGAGAUCUCUUACAGUACAGUAGACAUCAUGAUCUGUCACCAUCAGCGUUCAUAGUACACAAGCUCAUAAACUUCAUGUGGAGUCAGUCGGUGAAUGUGUAUUGUCAUGAUAAAGGCACUGCUGUUAUCCUCAGGUCAAACUCUAAAUACUG